AAUCCAGAAUGGCUACUCUGAUCUUUGUUGAUAAGGAAAAUGGAGACCCAGGCACCCGCGUGGCUCCCAAGGAUGGGUUGAAGCUGGACUCUGGGCCCUUAGUUAAGGCCUUAGAUGGGAAAUCUCAGGUUUUAACACCACGUGUUGGCAAAAUCUUCGAUGCUCCACCUGCUUUACCUAAAGCUACCAGAAAGGCUUUAGGAACUGUCAACAGAGCUACAGAAAAGUCAGUAAAGACUAAUGAACCCCCCAAGCAAAAACAACUAACCUUCUCUGCAAGAAAGAUGACUGAGAAGACUGUGAAAGCAAAACUCUCUGUUCCUGCCUCAGAUGGCACCUAUCCAGAAACAGAAAAAUUCUUACCCUUCAAUCCACUAGAUUUUGAGAGUUUUGACAUGCCUGAAGAACACCAGAUUGCACAUCUCCCCUUGAAUGAAGUGCCUUUCAUGAUCCUUGAUGAAGAGAGAGAACUUGAAAAGCUGUUACAGCUGGGUCCCUUUUGCCUGUGA